UUAUUUUUUAAUGUAUGACGUUAUAGUUUAUACUGUUACGUCACAAACUGCGCUUUAGCGAAAUAUUAAUCACUGCAACGUUAUUACUCGGCCGUAUUAUGCAAACAUUAAAGUUUUUCUGGCCCGCAUUAUAUUUGUCUUGCUUAGUUUGGCGGUUACUCAUUUACACCAACCGGUAUAGCGAAUAACAGUUGCAACAAUAAUGAAGGUAAUUGUGGCGAGUUUUUGCAAGACGGGCACGAAGUCGAUGAACGAAGCAUUGUCGACGUUUGGUUACAAAAUAUAUGAUUGGAUGGAGCAUUACUGGUACCAUGGUGAUCAAUGGAAUCGGAUGUUACGUAGUGGUGUGACGUUGGAUGACAUCAGAAAGAUGUAUGAUGACGUAGACGUCGUCAUAGAUACCCCUUCGUUUUUAUUUUUCGAUGAAAUUCUUGAAGCCUACCCUGCCGCGAAGGUGAUACUUACGGUUCGUGACGAAGACACCUGGUUGGCCAGCAUGACACACGAACUACAUUCCGAGGCCUCGGACUCGGUGCUAAACGUCAUACAGACGUUCUCAUACUCGGGGUGGAAAUCUUUUCAAUUCACGAAUCGUGUGGUUAACUUCACCAAUGGCUGUUGGCGGUUAUGGCCGUGGUCGAAAUACAACGUGAGCCCAAAUGUCAUGAAACAUAUUUACCGACGUCAUAAUAAUUACGUCAUACAGAAAGUUCCCAAAGACAGACUUCUACUGUUUAAUUUAAGUGAUGGAUGGGACCCACUGUGUGAGUUUCUGGGUAAAGAAAUCCCCAACAAGGAAUUCCCCCAUGUUAAUAAGUCAGCAUCCAUUAUGAGGGAUUACAUGGCAACAAGCCCCAUAAUGCAACGCAUGAUUAAGGAGACUGUGGUUGUGGUUUGUGUGUUGUUGGUGGUUGGUGUAGUGGGGGGUGGGAGGAUUUGGAGGAAACUUUGUUGUCGUGGAUGGUUUCAAUAAACAACAAUACAACUUAUUUAUCCUUGUGGCAACGACAAUGUUCGAGAUGAUGUAACCACCGAACCGCAGCGCUCAGAGUGAAUUAGAUGUUAAAAUCAGCAACUCUACUGCGAGCAUGGGACGACAAUGUUUUGUUUUCAUUUUUUUAUAAAAUUCACGAUUUACGUAAAGGCAAUCCGCAGCACUAGGUGGCAGCAUUCAACCAAAAAACUGCACAAAUUCAUAGAAAUCAU